AUGGUGUGCGCGUGGUUCCUGGGAUCCCAUCAAGGGUGCGGCGGCCUCGCGGCUGCGAUAAGGUUUUGUGAUGGCCGCAGGGGAGAGCGGGAGUGGUGCGGUUUGGGUCCUGGCCACGGGCUGGAGAGGGGUCGGAGCAGAGGGGCGUGGAACUGCUAUGGCGGGGCUGCUACGGCGGGGAACAAGGUCGACAGGACGCGGGCAAGGGCGCGAGGCACAGCCGACUGCUCAGAGAGCGCAGCCGUAGCGAACGCUGUCCACAGCAGCACCAGGGCAGAACUGGUGAUCAGACCAGACCAGCCGGCCGCGAUGCACAAGAUGCACGGGGCGACCUUGAAACCCGAAGCCGGCAGUCGGGAGCUGCCCUCGAUAAAGGACCUUUUCCCCACGCUAGAGGGCAGCUCGAUGGCUCCUAGAAGCCAGAGCAUGGCCGAAGGGGUAUACGUGGCUCCGCCAGUCGGAUACGGGCCGGCGGACUUCAGUCUGGAGAGAGAGCUGGGCAAGCUCACGAAAAUCAGCAUGGAGAUCCAGCAGAUCCUCGAGAGCUCGAAGAGCAUCGCGCACGUGCCGCGCGAGCUGCUCGAGAGCGGAGCCCAGCAGGCAGAUCUCCUGCAUUCUAUUUAUCAUUCGUGGAUGAGAACCCGUGACGAGGAGGCUGCACGGGCUCUGCCUGCGCAACACCCUCAUUCCCGGAGCUCGUCGAUGCAGUACACGUUCCAGCCGACGGUUCCUGUGGGCUCGGGCGGCGCCCCGAUGCCACUUCUUCUCAACCCGUCAAGAUACCAGAAUAUGGAAGAACAGGCCGCGCGGACGCUCUCGUCGAUGAUCGAGGUGUCUCCUUCGCAAGCGCACUGCCGAACUCCUUCGUUCCCAACGGACGACCGACUCACCACGCCGCCGGUCUCGCCUAGUUCUUUUUCUAUUCGCAAACUCAAAAUGAAAAAAUCUCCAACAGGAUCGAAUAACGUCACCGCACAGUUGGUGCUCGAGGCCAACGUCGACAACGGGAAUCUUGCUGAAAUGGUGACCAACGAGUGUCUACAUUGUCAGUCCAAAGAAACCCCCGAAUGGAGACGCGGGCCCGAGGGAGAGCGCACGCUGUGCAACGCAUGUGGACUCUUCUACGCCAAGCUGUGCAAGAAAUACGGCGAAGAAAAAGCCAAGGAUAUUAUGAAGGAGCGCAAAAUCAAGGGAAGUGAGACUGACCGACGGGUCAGUGUGGGAUUUUGA